CUCCCCACUUGCCCCCCUGUGUCGGUGUUGAUCAACAAGAAUCUAAAAGGCCCAGAAGAAGAUUGAUAAAGAAAGGAAGAAAAAAAACCCGCUUUUUUCGAGAUUUGUCUGAAAAAAAAACAAAUCAAAUCAAACCACUCGAAGCAUAGCUGACAGCCGGACGACAGAGACUCCAAAAUAAAUUGAACAAUCAAUACGUAGAAGAGAGAGAGAGAGAGAGAAGAUGGAGUCUGAAAAUGCGUACUCUUUACUCCACUUGCCAAGGACUGCAAGUUCAGAUGAAAUCUUAUUUGCCUAUCGUAGGGAGUCCUUGAAGUAUCAUCCGCGCAGGUUUAAUCCAGGAGAUCGGUUUAUUGAGAUUCAUUUUAAGAAGCUAGCAGAUGCUUAUGAGACCUUGAUUGAUCCUCAAAAGAGGUUGGAGUAUGAUAAGAAGUUGAACUUGAAGGACAUCAACAGACUCAACAAGCCCAAGAAUCCGGAUAGCUCGAGAUUAUUUGAUGCUCAUGAACAGUACGAACGACAUCGGAGACACUCGACUUCCUUAGUAGCAGCCCCAACCAGACCAGCCUCUGCUGCUGCCGGUGGUCCAUCCCAGUAUCAUCGUCAGCUGGAGAAGAACCCGGCACUGAGCAGAACUCAUCCGAUCCCCACAAGAUCAUCAACACAGUCAAGCAGCCGAUUGCCCACUCAAGCCGAUCAACCCAUGAGAGCCAGAAGGAGCUCGAUCAGCGGACUGGCUCCGAUCCCAUCCAACCUCAACCAAUCUCCAUCUGUUGCUCAUCGACUGCUCAACAGACAAACUCAAGCAUCCUCAACAACACCCUUAAUCCAACCCAAACCAUUCAAUCCUUCCAACUCCUCCUUCCAACCGCCUAUUCGAGCCGGCUCGUGCGGUCCUACCUUACAAUCAUCAUCAUCAGCAGCAGCAGCAGCAGCAGCAAGACUCAACAACAGAUCAAGUCCUAAUAGUAGUAGACUCGAGGAAUCGUUACUCUCGAUGAGAUUGAAUCAGUUCCCCAAACCAUCAUCGUCUCAAAACAGUCAUCCAUCAACUUCCAAAGAAACUACGAGGGUCGAUCGCCAAUCGAUCAUCAACGAGCUCAACCAACGUGCCCGCUCGAAUUCGAUCAGUCACUCCUCCAAGCCACUCUAUUCGAUCUCGAAUCAUCAUCAUCAUCAAGCCGGAUCUGGCUCAUCCAGUGCCUCAUCCUCCACCAUCUCGCCCUCCUCCUCUCUUUCCUCCUCCUUCUCGCCCCGCCAACCCCCCAAAUUCCCGCACGAUCCUUCUUCUUCUUCUUCAGCCGCCCCGCUCUCGCGUAAAAACUUCCAUCAGAUGAUCGACCCCGUCGUCCCUUUUCAUCCGCCGCAUUCUCUCUCUGCAGCGGCCCAUAAUCGCUCUGAUUAUGGACAUCUCAAUGACGUCGAAUAUCAGCCCCUCAUCGUCAAUCCUCCUCCUCACAAACGCGCCCCUCAUCCUCGCAUGUCUUCAUCGUCGUCCUCUACGUCUACGCCACAUAACUAUGCAUACAACUCCGGCACACCCUCAUCAUCAGGUACCAACAAUAAUAAACACCCAUAUACCCAAUAUAAUACCCAACACCGACCCCGCGAUCAUCGUUGAUCUUUCCUUUCCUUCCUUUUUCUUCUUUUCUGGUAGGAGGUUUUUCCAUUUUUGAGUGGUUGGUUGGUUGGUUGAUGAGAACCUUGUCGUUCUUUCUUUCUUCUGUUCUCUUCUCUGGCCUUUCUUUCGUUUAAUUAUUCAAACAGUUGAUACCAAGCUGAACAAAUCUCCUUAUUACUAUAUAUAUGAUAUCCCCUAUAAUACCUACUCCUUCAUGAUGAUACCUAAAUAUCCUACUCACUGGCCCCGCUCACUUUACUUGAUUAUUUUUUUGGGGGGUAGAUGUAUUGCUAACCAUUUCUUUUGUUUUCUUGCAUUCUUUUUUUCAUUCUUUCUUCAACAUAUGUAUGUUGCUUACUUUUUUAUGUUUCGCAUCACUUGAUCACUGCUUGUGGUCCAAAACCAAGUCGUUUUUAUUGUAUGUAUGUACAUAUGUAUGUACUUUUUGUUUUUGAAAAUUUUUGAAAUGAUUAUAAGGGCAGAGCCUGA